CAGGCGCUUUUUUUUUUUUCCUGCGACAAAUAAAUUAAAAUAAAAAAAGCGAAGAAAGAGAAACUACCAUAGUCGUCUUCUUCGUCAUCUCCCUUUUCUCUCUCUAGCUCAGACUCCUACUCUCCACUUCAUCUUUCUCUCUCAUCAAAUCCCUAAUUUCGGAACGAAUUUAAGAUUUCUGCAUUAUUUCGAAACCCUAAAUUUCGACGCUGAGUAAAUCAAGUAAUAUACCAAAAUGGGUGACCGCAAACCCAUGGAACUACACGAAGGAUGGGAAUUUAUGGAAAAUGGAAUAAAGAAACUGAAGAAGAUUCUUGAAGGUGAAUCUGAGCCUCCAUUUAACUCUGAAGAGUACAUGAUGCUUUACACAACAAUAUACAACAUGUGUACUCAGAAAAACCCAUAUGACUAUUCUCAGCAACUUUAUGAUAAUUACAGACAAGCUUUUGUGGAUUACAUUGUUUCGACGGUUUUGCCAGCUUUGAAGGAAAAACAUGAUGAAUAUAUGCUGAUUGAACUUGUAAAUAGAUGGUUGAAUCAUAAAGUGAUGGUCAGAUGGCUCUCUCGUUUCUUUCAUUAUCUUGAUCGCUACUUCAUCACUCGGAGGACACUUCCUUCACUGAACGAUGUUGGGCUCACUUGCUUCCGCGAUCUGGUUUACCAAGAAAUCAGUUGCAAGGCAAAGGAUGCUGUUCUAGCCCUGAUCUAUGUAGAAAGAGAGGGUGGACAAAUUGACCGAGCAUUACUCAAGAAUGUGCUUGGGAUAUUUGUUGAAAUCGGUAUGGGACAGAUGGAGCAGUACGAAAAGGAUUUUGAGGCACAUUUGCUGGAUGAUACUGCUGCAUACUAUUCUCGGAAGGCUUCAAGUUGGAUUGUAGAGGAUUCAUGUCCAGAAUACAUGUUGAAGUCCGAGGAAUGUCUCAAAAAAGAAAAGGAGAGGGUGUCUCAUUAUUUGCAUUCUAGCAGUGAAGAGAAGCUUCUAGAGAGAGUGCAAAAUGAAUUGUUGUUGGUUUAUGAAAACCAAUUGCUUGAGAAAGAAAAUUCUGGAUGUCGUGUAUUGCUUAAAGACGAUAAGGUGGAUGAUCUUUCCAGGAUGUACAGGCUAUACAGUAAAGUUCCUAAGGGUUUGGAUCCUAUUGGAUCCAUCUUUAAACUGCAUAUUACAGAUGAAGGAACUGCCUUGGUCCAGCAGGCAGAAGAUGCUGCAAUUAGCAAGGCUGAAAAUGCUGUGGGUGGUUCACAUGAACAGGUCUUUGUAAGGAAGGUGAUAGUGCUACACGAUAAGUUCAUGGUUUAUGUCAUCGAUUGCUUUAUGAGCCACACUAUUUUUCACAAGGCUCUAAAGGAAGCUUUUGAGGUCUUUUUAAACAAGGGUGUUGCUGGUAGUUCUAGUGCUGAACUGCUCGCAACAUUUUGUGAUAAUAUACUCAAAAAGGGCGGGAGUGAAAAGCUAAGUGAUGAAGCUAUUGAGGACUCACUUGAGAAGGUGGUAAAGCUUCUUGCUUAUGUAAGCGAUAAAGACAUGUUUGCAGAAUUUUACAGAAAGAAGCUCUCUCGCCGUCUACUUUUUGACAAGAGUGCCAAUGAUGAUCAUGAAAGAAGCAUCUUAACGAAAUUGAAGCAGCAGUGCGGUGCACAGUUUACGUCAAAGAUGGAAGGGAUGGUAACUGAUUUGACAUUGGGGAGGGAGAAUCAGACUCAUUUUGAAGAAUAUCUUGAGCAAAAUCCGAAUGCCAAUCCUGGGCUUGAUCUGAAUGUCACAGUUCUCACGACGGGGUUCUGGCCAAGUUACAAGUCCUCUGAUCUUAACCUUCCUUCUGAGAUGGUAAGGUGUGUGGAAGCUUUUAAGCAAUUCUAUCAAACAAAAACAAAACACAGGAAGCUCUCUUGGGUUUACUCAUUGGGAAGUUGCAACAUUAAUGGCAAGUUUGGUCCGAAAACAAUUGAAUUGAUUGUUGGAACCUAUCAGGCUGCUGCUUUGCUCCUAUUCAACACAGCGGAUCGCUUGAGUUAUGCAGAAAUUUCAACUCAACUAAAUCUGGCUGAUGAAGACUUAGUUAGAGUGCUUCAAUCACUGUCGUGUGCAAAGUACAAGAUUCUUUUGAAGGAGCCAAACACAAGAACUGUGUCUCAUACUGAUCACUUUUCAUUCAACUCUGGUUUUACUGACAGAAUGAGGAGGAUUAGGAUUCCUCUUCCCCCGAUGGAUGAGAGGAAAAAGAUUGUUGAGGACGUGGACAAAGAUAGACGAUAUGCCAUCGAUGCUUCUAUUGUGCGUAUAAUGAAGAGUAGGAAGGUAUUGGGGUAUCAACAAUUGAUCACAGAGUGUGUUGAACAGCUAAGCCGCAUGUUUAAGCCCGAUUUCAAGGCAAUCAAGAAGAGGAUUGAGGAUUUAAUUACUCGGGAUUAUAUCGAAAGAGACAAGGAAAACCCCCAGUUAUUCCGGUACUUGGCUUGAGUAAAUAAUAUGCAGGUCUCUGGUUGACAACCUUUUACAAACUGAUUUUGGUAUGGAAGCAGAAGAAUUUCAAGAGUAGGUUGGUCUUGUGUACAGUCAUUGGGUUAUCGGAAUGAUUAAAAUUUGUAUGACUAAAUUUUUAAAUCUGGCUCAUACAAUGCAGAAUUCAAAUCUGCACAUUUUAAGGAAAACAUGAAACUUGCAGGCUCUCUCUC